AAAUUUCAGAUGAGAUGUACCAGUUAACAGUUGUAUCAGACAUAUGUACGCCAUUUUAAUGGAUUUUAGUUUUCGGAUGUAUCUUUAGUUUUAAGCCUGCUGGUUAGUUCGUGUCCCGAGAAACAUGAAGAUACAACCAGUUCACAACGACUGGCGAGGUAUAAGGAAACAAGGAAAUGUCAACACCAGUCCUAAGGUUACAUGUCUUUACUACAUCAGUUAGCUUGUGUUUUUUAAAGAAAACGUUAUGGGGAGUUACACUUUAAAGUCUGUUUUUCUUUCUUUGGGACUUUGGCGACAAUCGUGAGUCUGCUUGAGGUAAUGCUGGACAUUACCCACAUUAGCUGCUGAGGUUUUUUGUGUCUUGUGAGGUUGAAAAGAGAAGAGGAGGCAUGGAUGAUGUGAUCACUCUGAGCUCCGACAGUGACAAAGAUGACUCUGAUGUGGAAAUCAUCGGCUGCUUCAGUAACAUUAUGACCAAAGAUGAUCCACUGCCCCUCACAGCGGUGCGAGUUCACGUCGACGACGUCAGCCUCACGCCGCUUUAUAUUGACCUCACAGAGCAUAAAUGGACUCUUCCAGAGUUGAAGUUGCACACAAGACAAAAUUCUCCACCCUUGACAUUGGUGGCCCUGACCGAGACCAAUGUAGCAAAUGAGACAAUACAGAAGACAGAGAGUUUGCCACCAGGUGACCCUCAAAAAGAAAAAGAAAGUGCAGCUAAACACCAAACUUCCAGCAAACAGGAGUUUAACUUACAGACUGUUGCACUACAGCCGUACUGUGGUGACAUAAAGCCAAAGCAGAGACGGUUGGAUUCUCAAACGCAACACCAAAUACAGACAGAUAAAACACAACAUCACACAGCAUUUGUAAAAUUGAGACGAUUGCCUUUUCUCGAAACUCAUGUUGCAAAAGGGAGAACAUCAAAUUGUUUUGCCAAUUCAAACAGCAGUUGUACACAAAUGCCACUGAAUGUCAGUCAGCUAGACAAGAAAAGUGAAGCAGAAGAAUGCUCCGGGAAUUUGAGAACUACCGCAACAAAUGGUCCUGACAUAGAUCCGUCAUUGGUUGAGUCUCCUCCUAAAACAUCUCAGUCUCCACAGAGCCCAGCUGACUCUCCCUGUCCAGAUAACAGGGGCGCUGUUACAACCUCAAAGGAGCACAACAAUGGCGAAAAUGAGAGGGAUGACUUUUGCUCAUCCAUGCUCAUAACCUCCCCAAAAUCCCCUUCGUCAUCUCAAGAUAAAGCGCAGGGUUCCUUACAAAGGGAAGUUCUCCGCCCCAAACUGGAACAACUGGGAUUAGACAAAGCAGAAUCCAAACUAAGUGAUCUCUCUGGUCACUUAACCCCCCACUCACCUACAGCUGGUCUGAACUCCUCUGAGCGUUUUGACCUUGACUCUCUGUCCCACACAAGUGCCAUAUCUCAUAACUGUACGAGCAAAGUCGACCCAAUGCCAACCUUUGAGCGCACACAAGCUGAGAAUACGUCUGAAUGGCAAUCGGAAGAGGUUAAGGCUGACGAGGCCUCGAACAGCUCUGACUUCUUGCGCUUUAGCAUCCCGAGUGAACCUGCUUUGUCUGUGUCAGGUGAGAACAUGGAUGAUGGAUCAGGAGCUGGGACAUACAGAGACGAUCUGCUAAUUGAUAGUCCAGUGUCUUUUCUUUGGCAAGAGGGGAGUGAUGGAGAUGAGGUGAACAAAGAGAGCAGAUUCGAUGUGGACUUCAGGACAGCCAGUAGAGAGGACAGGCAAUUUGUGUGCCCAGUUACACUCAAGAAAAUAAUGUCUGGACCAGCUCAAGCCCUGCUUGAUGUGGAAGAUGACGGUUUUGGAACUCCAGAGGUGCUGUGCCGUCAGAGCCUGAGCCUGGUGUACAGCACCAUCGAUGAAAGCUACACAGAGGGUACUUUGCAGCUUUUGUCUGACCUACUCCAGCCUGGCUACUAUCCCCCCAGAGAUAUCACCUCCCACCUGCUGCGUGGCAUUCUGCUGGACCCACAGUGUCCCUAUCACCUGAGCGUGCAGGCCUUCAAUCUGCUCAUGAGGACACAGAGACACCACAUGGCUGAUAAAACCACAGCUCCAUGGGACUGGGAGUUGUUGACCUCAGUCAUGACCAGUCAGGACCAAACAAAGAGGCGUCGAUGUGAGGUUGUUCGAAUGUUCCUGGACUAUGUUGUGCAGACUCUGGAAGAUGACUUCCAGGCCAAACGCUCUGUCUCUGCCAUCAACCACUCCAUCGCCAAGGCAACGUUGUCAUGUGAUCAGCAGUUCCAUCGCAUCAGGGAUGUCAUCAAGUGGCUCUUUUCUGCCAUUAUGAAAUCAACAGAGCAUGAAGAGAGUAAAGACGCAGCCAGAGAGAGAGAUGAACAAAUCAGGACGGUGUUCAUCUUCCAGAGGAUGCUGUGCUUGGCUCUGGAGGUGGACUGUUCUCCAGCUCUAAACUCAGCCAAACUGUCCCAAGAGCUCUUCCAUAUGCUCAUCAGCAACAUACCUCUACGAGCACACAGAAUGCUGUUGCUGGAGAGCCUGCAGAGCAAGCUGCUGAGAUGUAAGCUGUUGGAACAUCUGUUGGAUUAUGCAUGCCCACAGAAAAUCUCUCUGCCCAUGUCGCUCAGUCUUCUGCUUCACUUUCUGAAGUUCUGCACUCUGGCACCAGAUCCUUCGGAUGGUUCUGAAAAGUGGCAGAAGUGGGAGGAGUUGAUCCAUCUUCUCUGGAUGUUGCUGCUCAGCUACAACAAAGCGAUGAAAGGCUAUCUGUGCAACUCAGUCUCUGAGCAAAGAGGCCGAGUUGUCAACUUGGUCUACAAACCGGAUGAUAUGGUAUCCAAGCCCGCCAUUCGUGAAGCAGUAGAGGCCUUCCUGUCCAGGUCCCAGGAUGAUGUCGGCCAAGCCUUACCUCUUCAUGUAGAAGAGUCCCUUACUUAUCUACAGGAUCACCUGUUAGAUGUGUGUCAGUGUUGAAUUUCUUUUAAAACAGUUUUAAAGCAAAAAAUGUGUUUGGUUCUUGAAUAAA